AUGAGGGACUCUCAAAGGGUCGAGGUCUUACUGAACGACAAGACAAUUGGGGGUGUCCAUUUGCCAGCCAGUGCCAUUCAGGACCUAUUGAACGAGUAUUACGCAAGAUAUCAUGCUUUCUGUCCAAUACUCCCUCGGCAAUCGAUAUUUCUUACAUACUCUGACUCGUCUGUUCUUCUUUUAGUAUCGUGGGAUUUUCAUUCCCUAUGUGACGUGGUGAGGGAUCUCGUUGCAGAUUCCAUCUGGCCAGCAAACGGUUCCAUUUUAUCCCUGCAAGCUAUCCUGCUCCUUUGCUGCUGGCCCCUCCCAUUCCAGAGAAACGAAGACCCGUCUCACGCCUUUGUCGCGCAGGCAACACACCUCGGCUUGCGACUGGGACUACACCGACCUGGACACGAGACAGAAUUCGACAAUCCAUCGCCCGAUGGGGAAAGGGAAAUGAUCCAGCGGAUGGCAUGGGUAACCUGUUUCAUUACAAACGUGAGCACCAGUGCCCAACUUGGGCUCCCAGCCACGAUCCGGUUGGACUGCGGUCUUCUGGGAAUUCUAACCUCAAAGCCCUCAUGGCUUCCUGACACCCUAUUUUCCCAACUACAUAUUGCACGUCAAGCGUUAAACAUCGGCUCAACUCUUGGAGAUUGUAUAUCAUCCAAUACAGGCUUAUUGGAUGAGACCGCGCCAUUCGUUCGCAACUUCGAAACCGAGCUGCGUGCCUUGGAGUUCCAGUCACAUCACUCCUGGUCCCCAGCAGAUCGUAUUAUAUACUGUGGAACGCAAAUCAUGUUAUACACCCUUGCACUUACCAUUGAUAGUUCAAAGUCAAAAAUUACUGUCCACAUGGACUCUCACUCUCACUGGUUGGUAUGUGCCUCUGUUGCAGCGACGACUACUAUUCAGACAGCUCUGUCUAUUGUAGAUCAGCUACUAUACGCUCCAUCUCGGCCACAAAAAAUCGUCUUAAACGCCAUAUGCUUGCUCCUUCUAAUGAAGGGCUCUCGCUACUCAGAGCUGGUUGAAAAGCAUACGCUCGACAGUGCAAUCAAUCAAGGAGGAGAGUUACUACGGGACCUUUCAACAACCACCGGGGACUUCAUGUCCCGUGCAUGUUCGCUUCUAGAUCAACUGGGUAGAUACACCGAGAGGUUGAAACCGGAAGAUAAAACCGAACAAUUUUUACUCGUUAGGCUACGAAUGGGUGCGAAUGUUCCAUUCACUACAGCGAUUCGUGCAAGGGAGGCCCUGAGAAAAAGUCGCGCAAAUACCCCACAUGAUAUUAAUUGGCAGGAACCUGAGAUGUCAGAUCUUGAACUUCAGGAUAUCGAUCUACCACUGGGCUUUGAUUGGAAUGAGCUCUUUGGAAUGGGACUGGAUUUCUGAUGGGACUCAAUCUACAACAUUGAAAAACACGUGAAUUGGUAUAGUACAUU